AUGUCAUCCAAGGGUGAACAUCAGGCGAUCCCAUUAUCGGUGUUGCUGAAGCGCGAAUUGGCCAAUGAAAAGAUCGAGAGGCCGGAGAUAUUUCAUGGCCAGGCUAACCAAAGCAAGAAGGGGGAGGAUUUUACUUUCCUGAAGACCGAAUGCCAACGGGUGCUAGGAGAUGGGGUUACUACAUAUUCUGUUUUUGGGUUGUUUGAUGGACACAAUGGAUCUGCAGCUGCAAUAUACUCUAAGGAGAAUCUCCUAAACAAUGUUUUGAGUGCUGUCCCACCAGAACUCAAUCAAGAUGAAUGGGUUGCGGCACUGCCGAGGGCUUUGGUUGCAGGAUUUGUAAAAACAGAUAAAGAUUUCCAAGAUAAGGGUAUUGAGAAAAAGAAAUUUGGAUACAUUUCAAUAUCACCAUUCCCAUGCAAUAUGUAUGUCGUCCACCCCAACCCACCUCUAGGCAACAACAAUUGA